AUGAAGGUUUACGCCGUCAAAAGGCAAAUAUCCACUUUCUGUACGGCCCUGGCACUGUACGGACCAAAUCACCGAACAGGCCCUAAUUUUGGAUUGAACGAGCCUCACGGCUCUGUAAGGGAUCUUUACUUAAGGAUUAAGGGCAAAAUUGAACAAUCUUAUGGCUAG